AUGCUGCAGACACUGACUGGACUACAGUUUCAGCUCAGAGGAAAGCUACAGGAUCAAGAGUGGACAGACAAGCACCCUCAAGAAGCCCAGGCACAUUAUUCACAGUGUCAUAUGCCAGUUUCACAGUAUCCUGGGUUCAAUGGAUUUUUUCCGGUGGGAACACACUUUUCAUCAGACAAAGCUCCAGCAUUCUCAGAGGUACAAACACACUUGGAAAAUCAGUCUAGAUACCACAUACAGCAAAGCCAGAGGCACCAGGUGAAGCAGUACCUGACCCUCGAUACCAAGCUGUCCAGCCAGACCCUCUCCCUGUCCCACUCCCACACAAUCCAGCCUGCAGGAGUGACCUCCAUUUUAAGGAACGGACACAUGCCUCCCAUCAGCGAUACUACCACACCAGAAAGUCCCGUUACCAAGCUGCUGGCCCUUGGAGGAGAACACGAAAAUGUGAUGGAAGAGGUGAUUGAAGACAUAAUCAAUAUGGAAUCAAGUUUUAAUGAUGAAGGGAUAGGUUGUUCUGAAACUCCUCUACUGAUGCAAAGAACGGUAAGUACAGCUGUUUUAAGUGUCAUGAAUAGCAUUUGGGGUUCUAGCCCAGCAUCAGGUCUGGUGCAUAACGCAUUGGAGGUACUAAUUCCCAUACAGGGCUAUGGAUAUGAGGAGUUUCUAGACCCUAAAAGGCCUUUUAAAGUCUUGCUUAAAGAUCCUUCUACCUCAUCUAAAAAGUUAAAGCUUCUCCAA